GUGAUCGACUAAUCGUGGUCGUUGAAAUAUUUUUAAAUUCAUUUAAAAGUGUUUUUGGGAUGGUAUUUUUCAAUACUAAUUUAUCAAAAGAUUACGUGAAUUUGUAGAGCCAUGUUUACUCUCCAUCUUUUCCGGAGAAUUAGGCCAGACGUAUUAAGGCCAAUUGGUUGGGUCUGCAGACCUUGCUUAUCAGCAUUUUCAUCUGACUCUACAAAGGAAAAUGUUGACCAGAUUCGCAAUAUUGGAAUUUCUGCUCACAUUGACUCUGGGAAAACAACAUUGACUGAAAGAGUGUUGUUUUAUACUGGAAGAAUAAAGACAAUGCAUGAGGUAAAAGGUAAAGAUAACGUUGGUGCCACCAUGGAUUUUAUGGAUCUAGAACGACAGAGAGGAAUUACAAUACAGUCAGCUGCUACGUUUGCUGAAUGGAAGAAUCAUAAUAUAAAUAUUAUUGAUACACCAGGUCAUGUUGAUUUUACUGUUGAAGUGGAAAGAGCUCUUCGUGUUCUUGAUGGUGCUGUGUUGGUUUUGUGCGGAGUUGGAAAAGUUCAGAGUCAAACAUUGACAGUAAACAGACAGAUGAAAAGAUACAACGUGCCGUGCAUUGCUUUCAUUAAUAAACUUGACAGGAUGGGUGCAAAUCAUAAAAAAGUUCUUAGUCAAAUGAGAGCAAAGUUAAAUCACAAUGCCGCGUUUGUGCAGUUACCAAUUGGUUUAGAACGGAAUCACACGGGUGUUGUGGAUAUCAUUAGAAGGAAAGCUCUAUAUUUUGAUGGAGAGUAUGGGAACAAUAUAAGAGAAGAGGUCAUACCCGAAGAUAUGGUUCAUGAAGUAAACGUUAGGCGAGAAGAGUUAGUUGAGGCUGUUGCAAAUGUUGAUGAUGGCUUGGGUGAAUUAUUUCUUGAGGAAAUUCAACCAACGAGUGAUCAGCUCAUGUCUGCUAUUCGACGGUCGACCAUCAAAAGGUUGUUUACACCUGUUUUUGUUGGUUCUGCUCUGAAGAAUAAAGGCGUACAACCUUUACUGGAUGCAGUUGUUGACUAUUUGCCGAGUCCUCCGGAUGUGGCAAAUUUUGCUUUAGAUCCUGAAGAUUCAGAUAGAAAAAUCUUGAUGGAUUCAUCAGGUGAUGGUUUAAAUCCUUUUGUUGGCCUGGCAUUCAAACUUGAGGCUGGAAAAUAUGGUCAGUUGACUUAUGUAAGGGUCUAUCAAGGUUCUCUGAAGAAGGGAACAUUUAUUUUCAAUACGAGAACUGGGAAACGUGUUCGUGUUCCCAGGAUCGUGAGAAUGCACAGUGAUGUCAUGGAGGAUGUAAGUGAAGUAAGAGCAGGGGAUAUUUGUGCGUUAUUUGGAAUCGACUGCGCAUCUGGAGAUACCUUUACAGCUGAAGGAGCUCAAAAAAUGUCAAUGGAACCGAUAUUUGUGCCUGAUCCAGUUAUAUCUCUUGCCGUAGAAGCUCAAAAUAAGAACGACCUGGAUGCAUUUUCUAAAGCGAUCAACAGAUUUACAAGAGAAGAUCCAACUUUUAGAGUACAUUUUGACGACGAGAGUAAAGAGACAAUCAUAUCUGGUAUGGGUGAGCUGCACUUGGAAAUAUACACAGAGAGAAUGAAAACAGAAUAUAAUUGUCCUGUGAUUUCUGGUAAACCGAAAGUUGCUUUUAGAGAGACUAUUGGAAGCUCUAUAGAAUUUGAUUACAUUCAUAAGAAACAAAGUGGAGGCUCUGGGCAAUAUGGACGGGUGAUUGGAAAAGUCGAGCCUUUGCCAGAAAAAGAAUACACAAAAGUAGAAUUUGACGAUGCAACGAUCGGAAUGAACAUUCCAAAAAAUUUUAUUCCUUCAAUUGAAAAGGGAUUUUACGAGGCAUGCGAUAGAGGACAUUAUUCAGGACAUAAGAUAUCUGGAGUAAAGUUCGUUCUUAUUGACGGUGCCGCUCAUGCAGUUGACUCAAGUGAUAUAGCCUUUCGUAUGGCUGCAAUUGGCGCGAUGAGACAAGCAAUGUCAUCAAGUUCCCCUGUUAUCCUUGAGCCAGUGAUGAGUGUUGAAGUUAAUGCUCCCAUGGAAUUUCAGGGUUCUGUCAUAGCAGGGCUGAAUCGACGGAAUUGUGUAAUUACGGGAACAGAUGGUAGUGAGGGAUAUUUCACAUUGUACACAGAGGUGCCACUUAACGAUAUGUUUGGCUAUGCAUCGGAAUUAAGAUCACUAACACAGGGAAAAGGUGAAUUCACCAUGGAAUAUUGCAAGUAUUUACCUGCCUCACGUCAGAUACAGGCUGAGUUGAUCGAAAAGUACAACAAUCAAAGACAGCAAAAAGCAAAAGCCAGAUAAUACACACCGCCACAUGCAGUGACGCGGGUAUAUCCUUCCUUCCAGCUCACAUCCUGCUUACUCAUCUCAAGCCAAGCCUUACUACGAAAGAAUCUGUCAACUCAAGCCCAGGGAUACGAGAAAUUAAGUCGGUUGAGAUGAAGGAAUUUUAUCUGAUGGUGCAUGUAUAGUGGUUUAAAAGAUUGUUAUCACUUCGAAUGCUCUACCACAACAAAGGAAAUGCUAUUAUAGAAUGAAAAACACUUUUAUUUAUACAGAUUUAUUUUAAUAAACGUAAAGGCGACCGCUAUAUUACUUUUUGUUUUAUGUAUCCUUUCACAUUGUCUUGUCGAUUGCUUGGCUGGUUUCCAGCCUCAGAGAAAACCAGAAAACGUUCAGGUGGUAAAAUGCAUCUUUAUCAAUUUGCGCCCCUGAGAUAGGAUUUUGUCAGAUUAAUGUGAAAUCCAUAAAGAAAACAAUUGCUAUA